UUGUAUCAAUUCUUUAGUUUAUCAAUGUUCACAAUUAUAAUAAGAAAUUUUUUUAUGCAUACAUAUAUAUAUAGAUUUAAUAAUAUAUUUAAUUGUAAUAAAACUAUAUGUUAAAUAAAAGUCAGUCGUUAUAAGGUUUAUUUGAUUUUAAUGAUUCAUUGUCAAUAUGAUAUUUAAAAAAAUUGGAGCCAUAACCUAGAAUUAAGCAUAUAGUGCAAAGCAUUAUAGAUAAUAAAAUAUGAAAAUAGAACAAAAAUAUUACGAUGUAUAAUGUUUAUGAGCAAUUAACUAUUAAAGAUUUAGGAAAUUGGGUUGCUUCUGGAGCAAUGAUAUUUGGUGGUAUUAUUCCAUAUGUACCACAAUACAAAGAAAUUAAAAAAAGGGAUAGUGCAGAAGGAUUUUCUCUUUAUGUAUGCCUUACACUUUUAAUUGCUAAUACAUUACGUAUUUUCUUUUGGUUUGGGAAACAUUAUGAAAUACCUCUUUUAUUACAAAGUAUAUUUAUGAUUGUUACUAUGUUUAUAAUGAUUAAACUAUGUAUAAGUGUACAAAGUAGAAAUCAAGUAAUAAAAGUUAGAGAACGUGUAUUUUCAGAUUUUGAUGCAAAUUUUUUUUGGAAAUGGACAGAUUUUCAAUCCUAUUUAGAUUUUAUGCUAUUGUUUGCGGCAUUAAUAGGAAUAUUAACAUAUUUGUUAAUAGAUAUACCAAUAUUUGUUGAAACUAUUGGAUUAUUUGCAGUAUUAACAGAAGCUAUGCUUGGAAUACCACAAUUUUUACGUAAUUUUUUUAAUAAAUCUACUAAUGGAAUGAGUAUUUUUAUGGUUGCUAUGUGGACAUUAGGUGAUGCAUUUAAAACUUGUUAUUUUAUUAUAAGAGAAGCUCCAAUUCAAUUUGAAGUUUGUAGCACUCUUCAAGUUAUAAUUGAUAUUGCAAUUUUAACACAGGUAUAUAUUUAUCAAAGUAGUACAGCAAUACAUACAAGAGUCCCAGUUCGAAUAGAUUGAGAUACUUUAUAUAUGUGAAUGAUAUAAUAUACUAUUUCUAUACUUUUUAUUGACUAAAAAAUUUUAUCUAAAAAUUUUUAUUACAUUGAAUUUUUUAUACAUUUUAAUUGUAUUUUAUUAUGUAUUAAUUUUUUUAAAUAAA